AUGGCGAAUGGCCCGCUAGCACCCGAAAUGCUGCCUUGUGACGAGUGCGGGAAGCAGUUCCGUAGGCCUUGGGACCUGAAGGUGCACAUGCGCCUUCACACCGGUGAGAGACCAUACGGGUGCGAGGAGUGCGGCAGAACUUUCAGCCAUCGGUCCAACCUGACAACACACGCCCGACUUCACACAGGCGAAAAGCCUUACCGCUGUGAACACUGCGGACACAAGGCCCGGACUAUGUUUAGUCUGAAAGUACACAUCCGGACGCACACUGGAGAGAAACCAUACAGAUGUGAGGAGUGCGGUAAGCAGUUUGCACAGCGGGCGUCGCUGAUACUGCACGUGCGGACGCACACAGGAGAGAGGCCCUACGGAUGUGAGGAGUGUGGGUUCAGAGCCGCGGCCCUUGGCAACUUGAAGCAGCACAUGCGGACUCACACAGGCGAGAAGCCCUACAACUGUACGGUGUGCAGCAGGCAGUUCAUCAGACGGGCAGCCAUGGAGAAACACAUGCUGACACACGCGCGGGACGUGUAA